UCCGCUCGCGCAUCCAGCGUCCUUUCUCUUCUGCUCUCUUUUCUUUUGUCUCCCCACGCAGGCAUGCCCGCUGCCGACGGGGACUUGGAGGGAGGCCGCGCGUGGCGGGGGGUGGCGACCCCUCCUCACGACGGCGGUUUCACGUGGCUCACCAUGAUGGGUUUCUGGUUCCUCACCUUAAACACAGCCAUGGCCAUCUACAGUUCGCAGGGUGAUCCGUGGGCCAUCGCCUUCGUAGCCUUCUCCUACCUCGACCUGCUUCUGCUCUUCUACUGCCUGCAGUUGUUUGGGCCAGUGCAUGACCCCAACUCCUGGCGCGUGCGCUGCGUGAAGGCAUCCGUGCGGGUGCUGACCGCGCUGCUCACGGUGAUGUUCUCCCUGAAGGUGGCCGCCGUCAUGCCGCUUGCACUUGCUAUUAUGGUUUGGGCUUUGGCAGGCUCCACGGUGAUCGGAGGUUUCUACGCCUUCUUCGUCCACCGGGACGCGACAGCAGGCAGUCAUCCGGCUCGUGCGUAAGGAAACAUAUGGCGCGUGUGUAUUGUCGGUGGUUUCUACGCCUUCUUCGUCCACCUUACAAAUGUGUGCGCGAUCCAGCGUGUCAUGAUU